AUGGUUAAAAACUCCUGUCCUGAAAUGCAAAAGGCCAUUUGGGAUGAAAGGGACGAUGAGAAAACGUUCAUCUACGGCUCGAAACAGCAAGGCGCGGGUAGUUGGACGACAUUUUCCAAGAGAUCGGCAGGACAGAGGAGAAGUGGGAAAAGUAGCAGAGAAAAAUGGAAUAACAAUUAUAAUAUUAAUAAUAAUAAUCAGAAGCUUGAUCCCAGGCAAAAGAGUUUUACCCCUCAAGAAGAAGAUUUGGUUAUACAGCUUCAUGCAGCAAUAGGUAGCAGGUGGCCCAUAAUAGCCCAACAACUCCCCGGAAAAACCGAGAACGACGUGAAAGUCUUAUGGAACUCCAAACUGCGAAAAAAGCUCUCGGCAAUGGGAAUCGAUCCGGUGACUCACAAGCCCUUUUCCCAAAUCCUUGCAGACUACGGCAACAUAGGCGCGUUCCCCAAGGCUCGGACGACCCAUUUUAGCUCCCUAUCGAAGGACCUAAAAAAAACUGCAAUCAUUUUCAACAAAAGUACCGAAAAAUCCCAAAAAUGCCCUCAAACUCUUAUUCCUCCAACUCAUUUCUCAUCAUCGUCAUCAUCAUCAUCAUCAUCAUCAUCUUCACCUCCUAUCGGUCUCUACUCCCAACUUCAAGCCGUGAAUUUUAUCACCGAGGCCUCGAACUACACAAAAACCGUAAACAAUACCGCGAAAGAGUGCGAAAGUUAUUCGGGCUUUAGUUGGGGUGAUUUUUUUCUCGAGGAACCCUUCUCGGGCCAAGAAGCGGACGGGCAAGAGAAUGGAGGGGCAUUUUUGGAAUUUGAUGAAAAUGUGGAGGGGAAGGGAAAAUGUGGAGCCGCCGAGGAUAAAAAUGCCGGCUUUUUCGAAGGGCCUUCGAACUCGAAGUCUUUCGUGGAUGCCAUGCUGGAAAGCCAGGAUGCCAUGCUUUCUCAACUGACUUGCUUUUAUGAGGAGCCAUUUUACUACACUGAUGAGAAAUGA